CCUUCCAUUUUACCUCUUUAUUCAUUUUUCCAGAUCAACGAGCUGACCUUCUUGUCUCCCAAGCAAGCGCGGUGAAACUAUAAAAGCUUUCGAUCCGGCGAGCGAGGCUAAAGCCCUCCUCUUUCUCUCUUCCGCCAUGGAAUUCGCCCUCGAAGAAGGUCGUCACCUCUCCGCCGAUUGCCCUGUUCUUCUCCUGCCAGGGCUGUCGAUCGGCAACGUCGGGCAGUUGGCCGUCGAUCUCUUGAUCUCGUCGACUGCAGCCAAAAGAGUUGGCUUCCUGGAUGCGCCUUUCUUGCUCCCUUGCGUUGGAAAUGAUGCUUACGGUCCGGAACCUUCGGGGCUCCUCUCCCUUCCCCUUGAACUUUAUGAAUCUACUCAGCAUGCUUUAACUCUUAUCCAGCAAAGGUCUCCAGUUGUCAAGGGAAUGAUGGUUGAAUUUUCUAAAGAAAUGGCAGACUUUGUAUCUAGCAUCGGAAAGAAACAUAUUGUUAUUCUUUCAAGUUUAGAUUCUGGUAGACUGAAGAAAAUUGUCGCAUCCAGUGAUAUGCAGGUAUACUACAUUUCAAGUGUGAACAGUGAUGGAACUGAUGCUGAGUGCGAGAGGUUAGGAUUUAAGAGGCUGGAAGAAUAUGAUUCAACUCAGAGACGAUGGGCAUAUCUCAAUGAACUGGCUGAAGGAAAACUGGUUCAGGAUGAUGAGAUCAAUCUUGAAGAGGAACUGGUUGACGACGACUAUUAUCCUGGCUUACCCUUUGCUGCCUUAUUAUCUUGUUGCAAGGCUAAAGGUCUGAAAGUGACUUGUCUAUUGUGCUACUGUUCAGAGGGGGACAACAUUCCUGACUCCUUUCAAUUAGCUGAUGCAGCUUGCAAACUGCUGAAACUGACCCCAGAUAAAUUAUCUGGUGAUGCUAAUGCACAGGGUGGAUGGAUUGUUCCUCUGUCAUGGAAAACAGUUUACGGUCCUCCGCCCGAUAUGUCACUGUUUUAGACUGAUUUCAUCGAAUUGUACUGGUAAGAUGAACUUUUAGGUUCUAAUACCUGUUCCUUGUUUGCAAUGAAAGUCGAGGCACGAAAAACUUUUCGCGGUUUACUAAAUGUAGAACUAGUAGAAGGAUGGAUUGAUGAUGCAUCCGCGAAUUGAUUUUUAGUUAGAUUAAAGUCAUUUUAUUACCAUUUCAAUCAAAA